AGAGAGAGAGAGAGAGAGAGAGAGAGAGAGAGAGAGAGAGAGAGAGAGAGGGGGGGAAGAUACAAGCGACUGAAACCACCGAUCCACGCCAUAUACCUGUUAGAGCCCGGAUGGCGGCUGAUCAGAUUAGGGGUGUCAGGAUUGAUCAUCUCUGAGUGACACGCGGUGCUCACACACCGAUCCCCAUUCAUCGUUCCACAGGAGGGGGAACCAGAGCAGGGCGUUUCGUGUGCCGGGUGACAGGGGAGAUCUCUCUUUUGACAAUGAAUACGUGCAGAAGGAUUUCGUUCUGGAUGGUCUUGAUCCUGCUCUCGUGCCAAGACAUUUCCCUGGCAUCGCAAUUUCCUACACAGCUCAUGAUUAAAGAUUGGGUGGAUCAGAUGCAGCGAGAGCUGGUCAGCCUGGCCGACACCGCGAGCGCUGGCAAGAGCCUCACACAGAUCUUUUUGGCAAACCAAAACCUGUACACUGUGGAGCAGAACGACGCAGAGGAGCUGGUGGCCAGAGCGGCCAGGAACAUCGAACAGCUGCUGGGGAAGAGGUCCACAGCCCUGGAGAAACUGGCCACUGCAGCAGAGAUCCUGCAGAUGGAGCACCAGUGGAAAGAUGAGUUUGAGGAUGGGGAGAUUGCCUACUACAACGCGAAGGAUAACCUGGACGUGAACGAAACCCAAGGCAGGAAGAACCGGAUCCGUCCGGAGUUCAGGCAGGACUCCUCCUUUAAACGCCUGACCGAUCACAACCACACUGCCGUGCACAUCCCCACGGACAUCUACGAUGGCUCCACCAUCGUGCUGAAUGAGCUGUACUGGACCGAGGCGCUGGCCGACGUCUUCAAGAGGAACCGGGAGGAUGACCCCACCCUCCUCUGGCAGGUGUUUGGCAGCGCCACGGGAUUGGCUCGCUACUUCCCAGCUUCACCGUGGAUGGACGUGCGCAAGACCCCCAGUAAGAUCGACCUGUACGACGUGCGCCGGAGACCAUGGUACAUCCAAGGUGCUGCCUCGCCCAAAGACAUGCUGAUCCUGGUGGAUGCGAGCGGCAGCGUUUCGGGCCUGACGCUGAAGCUCAUCCGGACCUCUGUGAUCGAGAUGCUGGACACCCUGUCCGACGACGACUACGUCAACGUGGUCUACUUCAACACCAGGGUGAAUAUUUCGGGCUGCUUCGACCAUCUGGUCCAGGCCAACGUCAGGAACAAGAAGCUGCUGAAGGACGCCGUCCAGAACAUCAAAGCCAAGGGCAUCACCAACUACACCAAAGGAUUUGAGUUUGCUUUCGAGCAACUCUCCGUGACAAACGUCAGCAGAGCCAACUGCAACAACAUCAUCAUGCUGUUUACGGACGGGGGAGAAGAGAGAGCUCAGGCCAUCCUGGAGAAAUACAACACUGACAAGAAAGUGAGGGUGUUCACCUUCUCUGUGGGCCAGCACAACUACGACAAAGGACCCAUCCAGUGGAUGGCCUGCGCCAAUAAAGGAUACUUUUACGAGAUUCCCUCCAUCGGCGCCAUCCGAAUAAACACGCAGGAGUAUCUGGAUGUGCUUGGGCGACCCAUGGUGCGGGCCGGUCAGCAGGCCAAGCAGGUCCAAUGGACCAACGUGUACCUGGACGCCCUGGAACUGGGGCUGGUCAUUACAGGCACACUGCCGGUGUUCAACAGGACCAGGAUCAGAGAUGAUACAAAUGGAGAGACCCAGAACCAAUUGAUUCUUGGGGUGAUGGGGAUCGAUGUGUCGCUGAAUGACAUCAAGAAACUAACACCACGAUUUACUAUCGGGCCAAACGGAUACUACUUUGCCAUUGACCCAAACGGCUACGUCCUGCUGCAUCCCAACCUUCAGCCCAAGAAGCGGAUCCGUCAAAGGCAGCUCAGACUCAGUAAUAUGUACGCUGCCAGCUUCCAUGAGGAGCCUGUGACCCUUGACCUAAUGGAUGCUGAGCUGGAGAAUGACGUUAAAGUUGAGAUCAGGAGAAUGAUGAUAGACGGCGAGAUAGGAGAGCAGACCAUUGAGACCUUAGUGAAGACCCAGGAUGAGCGGUACAUAGACAGAGGUGUGCGGACCUACACCUGGGGACCGGUAAACGGAACAGAUUACAGCCUUGCCCUUGUCCUGCCUAAAUACAGUGAACACUUUAUUCAAGCCAAGCUGGGGAACGACAUAGAGGAAGCCAAAUCUGUGGGAACAAUGCAACUGGACACGUUUGAAGAGUAUGGACACACCUUCAUUGCUCCCAGGGAGUACUGCAAAGAGCUGAAAGUUUCGGACAACAACACACACUUCCUCAUCGACUUCAAUGAGUUCAUUGAAAGUGACGCUCCCAAAGCCUGCAACGUGUCCUUGGUGAACAGGCUCAUCCUGGACGCGGGACUCACAGCAGAGCUGGUCAAGGUGUGGAAGGAGCAGGCGCUUGAAGGGAUCAUGGCCCGGUUUGUAGCCACAGACGGGGGGAUCACCAGAGUCUAUCCUAACAGUGCUGGAGAAGACUGGAAUGAGAAUCCUGAAACAUACGAGUCCAGCUUUUACAAGAGAACCCUGGACAAUGAGAUAUACAUUUUCACUGCACCGUAUUUCAAUAGGAGCAGAGAGUCUGGCUACGAGUCAGGCAUUCUGGUCAGCAAGGCAGUGGAUCUCACCCUUCAUCAGGUUGAGCUCAAACCCGCAGUGGUGGGAGUCAAACUGAAUGUUACAUCCUGGAUGAACACUUUCAUCAGUGCUACGUUAAAAGUCAACUGUAAGGAUGAAAUCUGUGGCUGUCUGAAGAAUGAUAAGCAUGUGGACUGUGUGAUCCUGGACGACGGAGGCUUCCUCCUCAUGUCCAACCAGGAAGAGUACAUCACGCAGAUAGGUCAGUUCUUUGGGGAAAUUGACCCCGUGCUGAUGAUCAACCUCGUGAACACAUCUCUCUACUCCUUCAACAAGACGUAUGACUACCAGUCUGUCUGUGACCCGGAGAAGGACAGCAAGACAGCAGCAGGCCCACGAAGCGUCUACGUGCCGACUGUUGCUGACCUGCUCAGUGUCGGCUGGUGGGCCUCCACUGCUGCUUGGUCCAUCCUGCAGCAGCUGCUCUACAGCCUCACGCUGCCUAACUUGCUGGACGCCGUGGAGUCGGCAGAAGAGGAGGUCCCAGACGCCAUGUUCAAGGAGAGCUGUAUCACCGAGCAGACGCAGUACUUCUUCGAUAACGACGAGAGAUCCUACGCAGGGCUGCUGGACUGCGGGAACUGCUCCAGGAUGUACCGCGCCGAGAAGCUUCCCAACACCAACCUGGUGUUCCUGAUCACCGACGCCAAGGCCACGUGUUUGUCAUGUGACCCCCGGCCACUACGGCAAGCCGAGCAGCCCUCCGAGGGCCCUGAUCUGUGCGAGCUGGCCCGGAACCCCAGGUACAGGAAGGGGCCCGACGUGUGCUUCGACAACGAUGAAAACGAUGAGCCCUUGUGCCCAAUCAGCCGAGGCCGUGGCCUAAGGGUCUCCCCCCUGCUGCUGUGGCUGGCACUGUGCUCAGGGUCAGUGCACCCCCUCCCUCCUUCAGCACCACUGGGGUGCAGAUACCAGCCAGCAGGCAUAGCCAUGGUCGUUCACUGCUUUUUACAGAAGCACAUUCAAUGCCAGCCAACGAUUUAAGGAUUAACAGCAAUGAUUAGAUAAGUGGCACUCAAAAGGCAUCUAUUGUUUGGGGAAGAAAGACAUGAAAGCCAGACCCAAAUGUAUACACAAACCUAAAAACACACUUUGUUGAUCUAUUAUACACAUUUCUUGUUGUUCUUGGCAACAAAAGGAAGCAGAGAAAUUAUUUUUAUAAAUUGCUCUCCAUUUGAAACACUUUUAGAAUUGACCGUUUCCAACAAAAACGGAAUGGAACCAAAACAGGAAGUCUAUUUCAGAGCAUGAGUUCAUCUUCGGUCUUCAAAUUAUUACAUAGUAUCCAAAUAUUUAUUACAAUAUUUUCCAUAUCUGUCUGACACACACACACACACACACACACACACACACACACACACACACACACACACACACACACACACACACACACACACACACACACACACACACACACACACACACACACACACAGAGCCCCCCCCACCCCCAGUGAUAGGAAGUGUGCACGUGUCCGGCAGAGAGCUCCGUGUUCUCGCUGGGGUAAACAGAGGAAGCGUUCCUCUCUCCUUCUGAUAGUUUGUAUGUGUUCGAAACCCCUCCCACCUUCCCUGUGUUACGGGCAGACCAUGCACGGACAUCCUCUGUGCACCGCCAUCAAACAGCAAGCCCUGCCACAGAUGGAAAUAUUGUCAUACGGCAAACACACACACACACACACACACACAAACACAGGGGCUUAAGAAGUUUACAAUAGGGCUUAUUUUUCCUGUAUAAACUCGAUGAUAAGGCAGGCUAAAAUCUCACAAGCUCAACUCUGGAUUAGAGAUGUUAGUCGGGAUAUAGACCAAUCAGUGGUGACGACGGAGCGCAGUGCCGCUUUGAGGAUCUCUAGAAAGGCUUAAUGAACAGAAUAAUAUUUAUACUGCUUACGGCUUGGUUUCCUUUGAACAAUACAUUUGAACUUCAGUGAAAAUGCAUUUGCUCACAGUGUUUACUUUGGAAACAUGGCACUCAGAAGAUAACAUGAUCAAGCUGUGAUACACUGAUGCUAUAUUCUAUACGUUAUUUAUACUGUGCCACUAAUAGGCGUGGCACAUCCUGGCAGGAGUUCAGGCUUUUUCUGCACCACCUAUCCCCUCACACCUAUCGCGGUCCAAUCAAGCUCUCGUCCGCUGACCUGCGGUCUGUUUGAGACCUUCCACCUCACAGCCGCC